AUGGUUCCUGAACAUCGUUUAGAAACAUUAUUAGAACAAUCCAUAACUCUACAACGUAUAUCAUGUCUUUAUCAUAAUACAGAUCAAUAUAUAUCUUUAUAUUCUGAUCACGCCUGUGACAGGUUAUUUCCUUCGGUUACGACUCAUAUUUUUAAUCAUCAUACUGAUGAAGUUUGGUAUGUAGCAUUUUCGAACAAUGGAAAAUUUUUAGCUUCAGCUUCAAGGGAUAAAACUGCUAUCAUAUGGAGUCUUGAGACUUUGGAUGUUGUUCAUAUUCUAAGAGAACAUACAGAUUGUGUUUCAUUUUUAUCUUGGUCUCCAGAUGAUUCAAAUUUAUUAACAUGUGGACAAGACAACAAAUUGAAACUUUGGAAUGUUGAGUCAGGUGAAUGUCUUAAAACAAUGCACAACCAUGUUGAUCCUGUAACUACAUGUGCAUGGUUACCAGAUGGUAAAAGUUUUAUAUCUGGUAGCCAAGAUAAAAAUACUUAUUUAUGGGUAAUUUAUUUAAAUAUAUUUAAAAAGAAAAAAUUGACUCUUAAAAAAGAUUAA